AUGGCACGGCUUUCUACAAAGACGUUGAGUUUACUAUUUGCUUGUGUAUUCAUAUUCAUUCAUGUUGCUUGUGCUCAAGGCGAUGCAAUGCUUUUACCUGUUUGGAAUCAUCCUACCGAAGUAGUUGGACAUGGACCUGCUCCUCAAGCAACAGCCUGUGCAAAUCCUGGUCAGAUUGCAAACGAAGGUCCAAGUGAUGUAACAGCAAAGGUUUUGAAUGGUCUCAAGCACACUCAGGCAAAGGCAAACUUUUUUGUAAAUGCUACAUGGCUCUACACUCAACAGUAUGCAAUGAUUUUGCAGCGUGCUUACAAUGACGGUCAUUUUAUUGGAAUGACAUAUCGUGCUCCAGGCGACACUUCCGACGGUCUGACUGACGAACAGCUAAAGGCCGAUGUUAUCAAUACAGCCAAGAUCGUCGAAACUCUGAUCGGCGUUGCUCCAAAGUAUGUCCGCCUUCACUAUUCCCAGCCAGAGGACAUCCGGCUUGAGAACUUGAUUCGUGGGUUAGGCUUCACUCUGGUCUCGUACAACCUGGACACGAUGGACUACAACUUUAAAAACAACCCAGAGGGAAUUGCCGAUCUCUACAACCAGGUCUUCACCAAGCAGCUGGACACCUAUGAUUCCAAGGGUUCCUUUAUCUCGGUCCAGUAUGACAUUCCAGACACCGGGUCCUGGCAGGCAAUCUACGACAUUGUCAAGCAGAUCAAUCAGAAUGGAUACACGAUGGUCAGAUUGGAUGGUUGUCUUAACGACAAGACACCUUACAAAGAAAGUGCUGCGUCUCUAAAGUUUGUGUCAGACAAGCAUUCGUUUGGUACACCCGAUUACAAACAAGGCCAGACGGUUGUAGAAAAACCAAAGACUUCCGGAAUCGGAUCGCCCUCGGGUACUCCAAAGUCAAAGACCUUACAUGAUUCCAAAGAUAAUACCAGCACCAAUGACGAUAAGACAUCUUCUGGUGGGAUCAGGCAGAUUACAGAAUCGUUUGUUAUUCCAUUGGCCUUGGUUGUAUUAAUUAUGACUAUUUAG